UUGGGAUAUGUUUGCAUCUUUGAUUUAAACCUCUGUGCAAUUUAAAAGGGCAGGUAUAAAACCCGGAAAUAUCCGGAAAUCUUUUAGGUAAAACCCGGAAAAGAUUGAACAUUAACAGACGCAGUAUGGUUGGUGGCUUUUUGUGUUAGUUACCACUACAAAACUGGAAGUUAAUUAUAUUACCAUAAUAGAGGGAACAAAGAAAACAAUCGGGGACCAAGAUGCGUUUUUUAAGAUAUUCAGUAGUAACUAGACAGUACCUCAUGAAAUGUGUUUCAAUAUUAUAUAUACUUUUUUUCAUAGAAUUCCUUUUCUUAAACAUCGCCUGUAUUUACCUCAUGUGGCAAUUCAGAGAAUUGCUGACUGAUGUAAAAUUGAUAGUAAGCAACCCGUACAGUCUCGAUACAAUGACCAACGUUCUCUCCAAGUACAAGUUCUUUAGAGAAGCUGUCCAUAGUGGAAAAAAUGGAGGAUUUAAACAUUUAAUGGACUAUACUCUAUCGAGAUUGUACGUAGAGAACGAUCAGCCAUGUGACUGGGGUUGCAACAAUACAACCAAUCAACAAACUUCUGCAGCAGAUCCUGGCAGCCACUGGAUUAACACACUCCGUUUGGAUGUUUCAAGUUCAGUAGAAGCAACCUUUGUAAUGAAACAAAUGCAAAAAUACAGACACCAACCGUGGCAGAAGCUGGUGGUUGACAUCGGGGCCAAUGACGGACUCAUGUCAAGUAACUCUUUCAACUUCAUUCAGCGCGGAUGGAGCGCUAUUCUUGUGGAACCGCAGAAGGGGCAACUGGAGAUGGCCAAGAAGAACCUUUACGGAUUUACAAAUCAAAGUCCAGGUCAGAAAGUCACGUUUGUUGAGGGGGUUAUCAGUGAUCAUGAUGGAACGGAGACGAUGUUAUUGUCGCCAGAUGUGGUUUCCAUGGAAACGAGGGUUAUUCCAAAUUCAGGAGAUAGUGUCCUUACAAUCACAGUCAACAGUUAUUCUGUUCAGACUUUUGCAAAAAAAUAUGAUGUUCCGAAAUAUUUUGGAAUUCUCUCAAUAGAUGCUGAAGGGUUGGAUGUAAAGAUAUUAAAACAGUGGAUGGACCUUGACUUUCGUCCGAUGUACAUCAUAGUGGAGUUUCUUCAUCAGCCAAAUCAGGACACUGGGCGGGAAAGUCUUGAAAAACUAGGGUACCAUCGUAUAGGACGUAUUGGCUUCAAUCACAUUUAUGAAUAUGACAUCACCCUUAUAGUUUCCUAGUGAUGACACGUAAACCCUAGUAUUAACAAAUCACCUACAUACCCAAGUGUUCAACAAUUGUGCUUAGUGUUUCCUAGUGCUAUCUAGUGAUUCCUAAUGAUAUCAUGUGUGCACACUAGGUUAAAAAACAGACUCUUAGUGUUUUAGUGAUUUUAAGUGUGGCUUAGUAUUCUGCCCACUUGUAUAUAGUAAGGUCAUUGUCUUUUUGGUUUUUGACUGGAUUAUAU